AUGGGAUCGUCAAGCCGAUCUGGAGGACGGCGUCCACCUGAUGAUCCACACGUUGGAAAGUACAAAUUGCUCAAAACCAUCGGCAAAGGAAAUUUCGCUAAGGUAAAAUUAGCCAAACAUACAAUUACGGGUCAAGAAGUUGCUAUAAAAAUCAUCGAUAAGACUGCGUUGAAUCCAAGCAGUUUGCAAAAGCUAUUCCGUGAAGUCAAAAUAAUGAAGCAGCUUGAUCAUCCCAAUAUCGUUAAGUUAUAUCAAGUUAUGGAAAACGAGCAAACGUUAUACCUGGUUCUAGAAUAUGCAUCCGGUGGUGAAGUCUUUGAUUACUUGGUUGCGCAUGGCAGAAUGAAGGAAAAGGAAGCUCGAGUGAAAUUCAGACAGAUAGUCUCGGCGGUACAAUAUCUGCACUCGAAAAAUAUUAUACACCGAGACUUGAAGGCAGAGAACCUGUUAUUAGAUGCCGAUAUGAAUAUAAAAAUUGCGGAUUUUGGUUUUAGCAAUCAGUUUACUUUAGGCAACAAAUUGGACACUUUCUGUGGAUCCCCACCUUACGCUGCCCCUGAACUUUUCCAAGGAAAGAAAUACGAUGGUCCCGAAGUUGAUGUGUGGAGCCUUGGUGUAAUUUUGUAUACAUUGGUAUCAGGCAGUUUGCCUUUUGAUGGUCAGAAUUUGAAGGAGCUUCGAGAACGUGUACUACGCGGGAAAUAUCGCAUUCCGUUCUACAUGUCAACGGACUGCGAAAAUCUCCUCAAGAAGUUUCUCGUGCUGAACCCAGCCCGUCGAGGAACUCUGGAAACCAUUAUGAAAGACAGGUGGAUGAACAUCGGCUACGAAGACGAAGGCGAGUUGAAGCCUUAUGUUGAACCACCAAAAGAUCAAAUUGAUGAGGCGAGGAUAGAAAAACUUAUUCAGCUCGGGUUCAACAAAGGCAGCAUUCUAGACGCGUUAGAAAAGGAGAAGUUCGAGGAUAUCCAUGCGACUUACUUGUUAUUGGGUGAACGAAAGUGUGAGGUAGGACCAUUGGAUCAUUCGAAUUUUAUAAGCAUUCAUUCUUUUGCUAACAGCGUGAUGUUUUAUAGUAAUGCGAUUUGCUAUGACAUGCAUUCACAGAAACUUCCCAGUGUUACUAACCUCGCGCAAUGUUGUUGUUUAGUGUACUCAGUACAUCUACUUAACAUUCGCGUGAUAUUACACGUGACAAAUUUUGUAAUAAUAUUUAUUCGGGCAGAACUUACUAAGUAUUAA